AUGGAGAUAAACACUCUGUCCAUUCAAUCCGCCAUAAAACGCCCCGUUGUAACUCCCAAUAGCACAAUAAAACAAGGACAGGGCGCCACCGUUCCAGCCUCUUGUUUAACGCACGCUGCAGCUUCACAUCUCUCAGCGUUCCCACUCUGCUACCGCGCUACGCUCCGAUUCUCAGAGAGAGUGGUGGAAAUGGAAGAUGAGAGGAAGAGAACCAGGCUGCGCAAAUCCUUGCAGCUCUACCUGUGCAGGACGCUCAGGAAGAUCCCUCCGAUGCACAUCCCCAGCUCAGCUAUUCCGGCGAACAUCGCCGGUGCGCGCCUCCUCUCCACCUGCAGGUUCCCGAGAACCGCGUCGGUGGACAUGGACGGCGAUCGCGCCGUCGCCACGGCCGCCGCCGCAGACGAGAACAGCAAGGACCAGGCGGCGACGCUCUCCGACGUCGACCGCUUCCUCUUCGACAACUUCCGGUCCCUCUACAUCCAUGACGACGACACCAACAACCAUCCACGCUUCCCAUCGUCGUCGCCAGGCACAUCCACAUCGCUCGUCGACGAGACACAACCAAAGGCAGAGACGUCAUCUUCCUCGGAGUCGGUCACCGAGGACGUCAUCAAGGAAGCCAGGCCAGGUGAGGAGAGCGGCGACAACACGGCCAUAGUGGUGUUCUCCAUGGACCCGUACGCAGACUUCCGGAGAUCCAUGCAGAACAUGAUAAAGACGCACCAUGGCCGCGUAUCUCAGCCAUUGGACUGGGACUUCCUUGAGGAGCUACUCUUUUACUACCUGCAGCUCAAUGAUCAAGCUGUGCACAAGCAUAUUCUCAAGGCCUUUGCUGACCUGACUGCCGGACCUCAUCAAAAGGGCAGUUCAGUUUCAGCCCCCGGAAAAGCCCGGUGGGCUCACAAGAGCGUUAGAAGUAGGAAACAGUAG